GCGCUUCCAGGUCAGGGCAGCGGCGGCGGGGCGCAGGAGAACAUGAGUUCAGCAGCAAAGAGAAGAGGAAAGCCCAACAGAGGAGGAGGAAGAGGGAGAGGAGGAGGAGGAGGAGGAAAAGGAAGAGCGGGAGGAGGAGGAGGAAGAGGGAGAGGAGGAAGCAGCAGUGGCCGUUCAAACAAGUCUCAGCUUGGCGGAAAUAGGAAGUGUUCAACCAAAAUCUGGGAUGAUGGAGAUGAUUUUUGUCUGUUCGAGGAACCAAGGCUGGAAACCAGAUCAAGUGCCUCUGCCAGAAGAGGAGGGCAAACGAAACAGAGACCUGAAGCCAAAAUGCCUCUGCAGACCAUACAUAUGACAACGGAGAAUCAGAGAAGAGUGAAGGAACUUCUUCGGGAGCUUCAAGGGCAGGAUCUGGCUCCUGAAUCAGAAGUAGCUGGUUCUGGAGAAGACGAUGACGAACCUGAUUACCUUGAUGAUGAACAGUGCUGGUCAACAGAUCAGGAAGUUUCUGACGUAACGCCAAGGUCUUCUGCUGAGGCAGCUGAGCACAAAAUUGUGGAAAGUGAAGUGUCUGCAUUUGCUGUGCACAAACUCUCCAGGUACGGUUUUGACAGUGAGCGUUGUAGGACCGUACUGAGAUCCUGCAAUGGUAAUAUUGGGGCGUCCUUGGAGCAUUUGCUGCUGCAGUGCUUUGCCGAGAGAUAUGGAGAGAAGAUGCAGGUUUCUACAGCAGCUGCUCAGGCCAGUCGAGAAGAAUGUUUAGAACAGAGACAAGAAGAGGCAUUUGUCCUCCGGUCAAUCUAUGGAGAAAAAUUUGUGGAAAGAAUUCAAAACAGAGUUUGGACUUUUGGAUUGGAACUGGAAUACCUAACGAACAGGCUCAGCAAAUCUAAACAAAAGGGUGGUUGUACGAGGGACACAGCAAAGCAGACUUCAAAAGAAAUAUGUAAAUUUUAUCUCCAAGGAGGCUGCAAGUUUGGUUCAAAAUGCAGAUUCGGACAUGAAUUCCCUCCAAACCACCCACUGAGAUCAGCCAAGAACUCUGUAGAUGAUUCUCAUCUCAGAACUAACAGUGAUGGUCCCAUAUAUGAACUUGAAGUAAGAUUUCCUGAAGAAAACAAGUAUCCACUGCAGGCACCUCUUGUGGCAUUUUAUUCCACUGAUGAGAAUCUACCUCUCGCCUGUCGAUUGCACAUUGCUGAAUUCCUUUUUGGGAAGGCCUUGAUAGCUGCAGAGUCUCACGAACCUGUGGUGUACGCGUUGGUGACUUGCUUAGAAGAUGAAUCUGAAAUAAGCAAGUUACUUGAAAAUACUCACCACAAAUACAGCACUCCUCCAGUGUCCCUGCUGGCAACGCCUCCAGGAAAGCUACAUGCAGAGAGUACGUCUGCUUCAAACCAAGUGUCAGAAGCCUCAACAGUGACAGAGCCUCAGGAGGAAGAAGAAGUGGCAGAAGAGGAGGAGGAAGAUGAGCCUGAACAAGUUGUCGUGGAGAAUGAGAGUUACGUGAACCUCAAGAAAAAGCUUUCCAGAAAGUAUGACGUGCAAGCAAAGUCUCUGUAUAAUGAAAAUGUUAAACUCUGCACGCAGUUUCGGCUGAAAAAGUCUUCUAGACGCUUCCAGUCCAUGUUGCAUGAAAGACAGAAGCUCCCUGCAUGGCAAGAAAGAGAAACCAUUCUUGAUUUCAUGAAGAGCCACCAAGUUCUUGUCGUGAGCGGCAUGACAGGAUGUGGGAAAACCACUCAGAUUCCUCAGUUUAUUUUGGAUGCUUCACUGCAAGGUUCUCCAAACAAAGUUGCAAACAUCAUCUGUACUCAGCCUCGCAGGAUCUCUGCCAUUUCAGUGGCUGAACGUGUAGCCAAAGAAAGAACAGAACGGAUUGGGCUGACUGUCGGAUAUCAGAUCCGCCUAGAAAGCGUAAAGUCCUCAGCUACCAGACUGUUGUACUGCACUACCGGUGUGCUGUUGAGAAGGCUGGAAGGAGAUCUGACACUGCAGGGAAUCACGCAUGUUAUUGUCGAUGAAGUUCAUGAAAGAACAGAAGAAAGUGACUUCUUGCUGCUGGUUUUGAAGGAUAUAAUGGUUCAGAGGCCAGACCUGCGCAUUAUACUAAUGAGUGCCACCUUGAAUGCAGAGCUUUUUUCUCAGUACUUUCACUCCUGUCCAAUUAUUAACAUACCAGGUCGAACGUUUCCUGUGGAUCAGUUUUUUCUGGAAGAUGUGAUUGCAAUGACGAGGUACGUUUUAGAGGGCAGCAGUCCCUACAGGCGCAAGAUAAAGCAAGAAAACAAACUGAAUGGAAGACACAGAAGAACAGCAUUUGAAGAAGUAGAGGAGGAUCUGAGACGUGCUGGCCUUCUGGAAGCCACUGACACAGCUGUCAAGGAUUCAGACCCAGACCAAAAAUUAACUCUGAAGCAGCUUCUGACACGAUAUAAAGGGGUUAACAAGACGGUGUUGAAAACAAUGUCUGUCAUGGAUUUGGACAAGGUUAAUCUGGAAUUAAUUGAAGCCUUGCUGGAGUGGAUAGUUGCUGGUAAACAUUCGUACCCCCCAGGUGCUGUCUUGGUAUUUUUGCCUGGUCUAGCAGAAAUCAAGAUGCUUUAUGAGCAACUCCAGUCUAACGCCCUUUUUAAUAACAGGCACAGCAAUAGGUGUGUUGUUUAUCCGCUUCAUUCUUCGCUGUCCAGUGAAGAACAGCAGUCUGUGUUCCUCAGGCCUCCUGCAGGAGUUAUCAAAAUCAUCAUCUCUACAAACAUUGCAGAAACAUCUGUCACCAUUGACGAUGUGGUCUAUGUGAUUGAUUCUGGAAAAAUGAAAGAGAAAAGAUAUGACCCAAGCAAAGGAAUGGAAAGUCUGGAAGACACGUUUGUGUCCAGGGCCAAUGCUCUGCAAAGGAAAGGUCGAGCAGGCCGUGUAGCCUCAGGUGUCUGCUUUCAUCUUUUCAGCAGCCAUCACUAUAACCAUCAGCUCAUAAAAGAGCAGUUACCAGAAAUACAGAGAGUGCCCUUGGAGCAGCUUUGUCUAAGAAUUAAGAUUCUGGAGAUGUUUUCUGCACAGAGUCUUCACUCUGUCUUAUCACGACUAAUUGAGCCCCCUAGAACUGAGUCUUUGCGGGCAUCAAAGCUGCGACUACAAGACUUGGGAGCGCUAACUCCAGACGAAAAGCUCACCCCUUUGGGAUAUCACUUGGCUUCCCUGCCCGUUGAUGUCAGGAUUGGCAAACUCAUGCUGUUUGGCACCAUCUUCCGCUGCCUGGAUCCUGCACUAACUAUAGCUGCCAGUCUGGCGUUCAAGUCACCUUUUGUGUCCCCUUGGGAUAAAAGGGAAGAAGCAAACAAAAAGAAGUUAGAGUUUGCAGUAGGAAACAGCGACUAUCUGGCUCUUCUCCAGGCUUAUAAGGGAUGGCGUUUAAGUACCAAAGAGGGGUCUCAAGCAAGCUACAACUACUGCAGGGAGAACUUCUUAUCAGGAAGAGUUCUUCAGGAAAUUGCCAGUCUGAAAAGGCAGUUCACAGAACUGCUUUCUGACAUUGGGUUUGUGAAGGAGGGAUUAAGAGCCCGGGACAUUGAGAGGAAGUGGUCCCAAGGAGGCGAUGGCGUGUUGGAUGCCACAGGAGAAGAGGCAAAUUCGAAUGCAGAGAACAUCAAGCUGAUCUCAGCUAUGUUGUGUGCUGCGCUGUAUCCCAACGUUGUCCAGGUGAAAAAGCCAGAGGGCAAAUACCAGAAGACCAGUACAGGAGCGGUCAAAAUGCAACCAAAAGCAGAAGAGCUGAAGUUUGUUACCAAAAAUGAUGGUUAUGUUCACAUUCACCCUUCAUCUGUGAAUUAUCAGACUCGGCACUUUGAGAGCCCCUACCUGGUGUAUCACGAGAAGAUCAAGACCAGCCGCGUGUUCAUCCGAGACUGCAGCAUGGUGUCCGUGUACCCGCUGGUCCUGCUCGGAGGCGGGCAGGUUCACAUGCAGCUGCAGAAGGGAGAAUUUGUCAUCUCUCUGGAUGACGGAUGGAUCCGCUUCGUGGCUGCCUCUCACCAGGUCGCCGAGCUGGUGAAAGAGCUACGUUGUGAACUGGACCAGUUGCUGCAGGAUAAAAUCAAGAACCCCAGCAUGGAUUUAUGCAUGUGCCCCCGUGGCUCUCGGAUCAUUGGUAUGAUUGUAAAGCUUGUGACCACGCAGUAAUGUGUGCACAGCUCUCUGUGAAAACUCAGUUUGCUACUGCCUGAGGCCACACCAAGUAACGUCGGUGUCUUUAUGUAUUUAUUGUCUCAAAACACGGCGCUGAUCUCUGGAAGACCAAGUUGGCAGCUGUGCUAUUGACAAGUGGUUUUUUGUUUUUUGGUUUUUUUUUUGACUGUUUGCAGAGAGCUUUCUUGUUGAAAAUAACAUGGUUUACAAUCCACACUGGGACAUGGGAAAAGGGUAAAUAUUACAGGAGGAACAGAAACCUCCACUAAGAAAAGCAGAGUGUUUUUCUGCAAAACCAUACUGGGAAUGUUUUCUGGUCACAAAAAUACCGCUACCUAGCUGCUUCUUGUAAUAAUGAUGUCUGAAAGCAGCUGCUCUUUAAAUCAGUUGAAAUUCACCUCAACAUUUUUGACCAAGACUUCAUCGAUGUAGUCAGUCUUGGCUGAGCAGGAAUUGAUUUGCUUCCAGUUUAACCCGAAGCCCUUAAAAUGAGAUACUGUAAAAGUUCAGUUGGAGUAACUUGCUGGAUCAGUGCAGACUGCUGUGGUUGGAAUGUAUUAACUGCAGGAAAAAAGUGGAUGUUUCCCCUGAAAGAGGGGCUCUGGAGCCCCUGAGCUCUGGAAAACAGCUGAGAUGGACUGCUGCAGCCCAUUAAAAAUGGAUCCUUGGCUGGAUGAUACUGCUUGCUGUUAAACUUCUGGGGGUGGUAUUCCUCUUGCCCCCCCCUUAUACAUCUGGAAGAUUUUUUUUGUUUGGAAGCUUUUAGACAGUCUUGCUCUGGGGAAGCACAGACUGGUAACAGAAGUGUGUGAAGAAUGCUACAGUGAUGAUGAAUUUACUUCUCUUUGACUUGGCUUGUUUGCAGUGCUUAACAUCACUACAGCUGAGCUGUUUGGUGUAAUAGCAAUUGCAAAUAACAGCGAGUGCCUUAAGUGAAAGAACACUGCUGUCAGCUGUGGUAGCAGAAACAGAGCAACCCUCUCUACCCAAGGACCUGCCUAGAAGUAGCCUUCAAGCUGAGGGGGGCAUUUUUCAAGACAUUCACAUUUAUGUAGAAGUGGUUUCACAGCAACACAGCCUUGCAUGAGGCAGAAAAAGGUCACGAAGGUGAGCCAAGGCUGCCUAAAGGUACAGUAGGAUGGGCUCUGCAGAGUAUUCACCUGCGCAAGGCUAUACGUUGCCUGCAUCUUGGUGCUGGCAGAAGAGUAGGUCAACACCAGUAGCACCACAUUCCUCUAACAGCACAGCUGGAUGCUCACGCUUGGUUUCUGUGAGCCUAGCAAAGAGCUGUUUUAAGGCCUAGUCAUCCUGGGGGAUAUUAAAGCACUUCAGCAGAAUACUCCAGGUGUUGUUAAGACAGCGUGCAGCUACUAGCUCCACAUGAAGUGGCACCAUCAGACACAGUAUUGCUUCUGUGCAGCGCUGGCAGUCACUCUUGUAAGGGUCAGCAAGUAGUAUUUGCAUUCAGGGUGGCUGGGGAGUGCAAUAGGAAUGGCUCCCAUUUCUCUUCAGAUUUUUGUACGCUUUCUGAAUGGUAUCCCUCUUGAAUAAAGGAACUUCUCACUCACCAAGGAGUGCAGUGCUUUGGAUGGAAACCAGUGCUCAAGCAGGUUCUGCAUGACGUCUCCCAACUACAUACUACAUACGUUCUGCCUGAAGCUAAGGUGAGGUGAGAGCAAGGACAGCAGAGGAUGUGACAGGUUCUAAUUAACGCCAUCCACCCCAAUGGAGGGAGCACUUGAGAAACAUCCUGGUGAUGGCAGAAGAGGGUAAGGCAGGUUUUCAGCUUUACUGAACUCUGAGGAGGUGCAAAUAAAAAUGCAACCUAAAAAUCGUAACAGUCAGGAAUGGACAGGAAGACUGACAAGCGGCAUUGGUAACGCUCCUCGUGAAUCAGAGCUCUGUGGAAGUCCUACAGGAGAGCCUCGCCUGCAGGACAGCCACCAAGUGGCAGCUGCGCCACACUCGGCUCACCUGCUGGCACGUGGCCUGUGGUAGCUGCCCAAGUAGUAACAAACAGCAGGGUUACCACAAAGGAGUUCUUAGUUAGAAAUGCACGGUUUAUUUCAAUGCGCCAAUAAAAAAGCCCAACAUUUCCAGAUCACAGAACAUUAACACAACAAAAGAGUUUUGCAUUAGUCUACUAAUAAGACUUUUAAAAGAUCCAAACUCAUGCCAAUUGUUGUUAGUCAAUAGAAACGGCCUUCUAGGACUAAGCCCUUACAUUUAUAAAGACACCACAAAAUCCCUUAUAAUAAUGUAAACAAAAUAAAUUUUCUUCUU